GGUCCUCACUCUUCAGUUCACUCAGACACCACUCUCGAGCCUCCACCCUGCAGCCCUCCACUCUCGCCUCUCGCACUCAGUGGCCACGCAUGCAGUCUCUACCUUGAGCCUCCGCCGCCGUCGCAACACCUCCAUUGAAGUCACUCACCGUCAAAAGUUCGUAGAAAAAUCAUGAAAAUAAACCCAACAAGCAGCCCAAUAAAAAGGCUAACGUAUAAGCCCAAUAAACAGAAUCAGAAUUAAUAAAAACCCUAACCCCAAUUCACCAGAAUCAGAAUCGUCGACCUCUUUGUUCAUAUCAUACGCUCCGGUGAUUGUCUUAGAGAGAGAUAUGGCUCCUGCUCCUGUCGGACCUAAAAGAGGUAGGGAUGAUGUGGAUGGUAAACAGAAGAAAACGGUGAAAGAAACUUCUACUGUACACCGUCCGACUAGUAAGGCUUCUGUCGGAGCUAAAAGAGGUAGGGAUGAUGGGGAUGGUAAACCGAAGAAAACGGUGAUACACCGUCCGCCUGAUGAGAAACUCACUGAUGAACAAAUUCAUGAAUAUUAUAGACAGUUCUUCGGCAGUCAGGGAUUCAUUGUUCCUGACUAUGGAGGUAGAUUGUGUGGCGGAGUUGGACCCUAUUCGAUGACUGAUAAGUAUAGGCAGAAACUUGUGAAGGAUAUGAUUCAGAAAAGCUUGCGAAUCUACAAUCGCAAAAAUAAGGUGAAUUUUGAGUUUGAUAAGCUUGUCAGCGUUAAUGCUGGUGCUGUUGCUGGCCGUAUGUUUUACAUUACUUUCAAUGCACGCUCUGGUGAUGAUGCACCUCAAACCUUUUACAGCAAAGUAUGGAAAACAUUCAAUGAUUAUCUCAAAGUCCAGUUCUGUGUGAUUGGUAAUGCGCAGGAAGUUGGUACAUCUCAGGAUGCUGGUACAUCUCAGGAAGCUGGUACUUCUCAGGCCUAAGUUGUGGAAUCUGAGUUUAGGUUCAUGUUCUAUUUGUGUGUUUAUGGUUUCUUCACGAAGGAAAACUUUGAUGUUAUAUAAUUUCAAUACUCAUGAAACAGUGCAGUGUGUAUUAGCACAAUGAUAGACAUAACUGACAUCUGAUGAGCACUGUUUACAGAUA